AGAAUCUGUUGGUCUACUCUGCAAAUACGUUAUUCGAAUCCAUCGCAAGCAUACAUCAUGACACUCCCACCACCCGGCUUUUCCCCUUCCACGCGAGCCUUGGAUACCCCAUGGACCCCAGUCGAGAACUAGGAAGUGUACGCGAUGAGACGUCCAUACGAGAGAACCCGAUUCAUCAUUCGAUGCUUAGAGCAUCGUGAAAUUGAAUGCCAGGACUGCCCACAGCCCCGCGACGCCUACGCAGCGGAGUAUCUAAGAUCUCUGAGGCCCCAGCCCCGGCCGCCGAGGGAAGGGCCAAGCGAUGCCGAUCUCGUACGCGCAGCACGACCUAUCUACGUCUUCUACUCGGGCCGACGUCCAAAACUCGGAGACCCCUAUUUGUCUUACCAAGAAGACGAUGCGAUGAGUGAUAUUGAAGGAGAGCUUGAUCACCCCAUGGACGACGAUUCCUCAGACUGGAGCAUGGACAGCUGUCCGGAACUCUCUGAUGGCUCCUCUGCGGAUCGCGAACGCAAGACAAGAACAGGCAGCUGGGCAUACCUCUUCAAGCCCUACCCCCUUGGAGCCGUUGCUGAACGCCUAGAGAGGUUGGGUCCAUACGGCGACCUUCGCACGCCAGUGAGGCACAGAGCCGAGCUUCGCGCAGCGCUCGCGGCACUGUCGAUACCCGCCGACUACAGACAUGGGUUCGGAUCACUCACAAUUGCGACCACUCGCGACUGGCUUGCAGAAGACGGAGAGCUGUUGGUCGAAAAGGCAUGGGAGGAAAUUCAAGCAGCAGGACCCAACCCCCUGCCGGAUUGGGCAGAGGCUCGCAAUACCCCUGAGUUUGCAGGCGUAUCCGACGGAGACCUUUGGUUUGCCAUAAAACGACAGAUACAGACUCUCUACUCGAUUGACGACCCUCGAAAGGCGAUGACAGUACAGUUUCGCCUGAUCAAUUCCGAGUUCAAUAGAGAUUGCCAAGGGGAGGCCUUGGGGGCGCUCGAGAAACCUCGGCGGCCUUAUCGCUUCAGAGAGCCUGAGCUUACAAGGGAGUGGUCAUAA